AUGCAAAAAGAAAUCAGUCAAGUAAAAGUGGUGCUUCUCGGAGACUCAGGCGUGGGGAAAUCAAGCAUUGUAUUAAGGUUUGUAGCUGAUACUUUUCAUAACAACCUCGACCCAACAAUUGGCGCUUCGUUUUUGUCAAAGGCUAUUGAAGUAGAAAAUCAUAGCAUUAAAUUUAGCAUUUGGGAUACUGCAGGGCAAGAAAGAUAUAUUUUUAUAGUAAGUUAAUAUUUUAAUUAAAUAAAAAUUAAAUUUUUUUUAUUCAUUUAUAGAGGAUUAUCAUUCAUUAGCAAGGAUGUAUUAUGCAGAUACAGCGGCUGCCGUUCUAGUUUAUGAUAUUACAAAUAGAGCUUCAUAUGAAGCUAUGAAACAUUGAAGGGAUGAACUGGCAGAAUUCGGCCCGAGGAAUUUAGUUAUUGCCAUUGCAGGGAAUAAAGAAGAUUUAGUUGACAAAGAAGAAGUCGAUUUAAUUGAAGCAAAAGAAUAUGCAGAUUCAAUUGGAGCGAUUUUUAGAAAAACGAGCGCUAAAACAAAAUACGGAGUGGAUCAACUUUUUAAAGAUAUCGCGUAUAGAAUUACUGUUGGGAGUGUGCCGAGCAGCAGCACUCAGCAGGUAGAAAAGCCGAGAACGAUUUCUAUAGUGAGAGAUAAUCCGAAUAGUCAAAAUGGGGAGUCUCAAGGCCAAGUGAAAAAAGGAGGCUGCUGCUAA